AUGGGGAAGGCCAUGAAAUCAAAGCCCUUGCAAAAAGGGCCAAAAGCAAAAGCAAAAGCUAAGAGUUCUUGCAAAAAGAACAAAACUGGUGGCAAAAAGGCAAUGAAAACACUUACAUCAGCAAAUUUGAGGAGGCUUGAAAAAAGCCAAGGGCAAAUGUCUCUUCAAGACAAGCUGAAAAAAGCAGGUGAGGAAGACACAGUGGAAGGAGCAAAGGCACUCCUGCAGAAGCUCAUGACCAAGGAUGAAAAAACAAAACUUUGGUCCAAACACCAGACCUACUUGAAGGGCAACCAAGAUGAAAAGAGCACAUAUGAUGAAGCAAACAAAAAGGAAAAAACUGACAUGACAAUGGCGUGGCUCUUGAAAAAAGAGCAUCCAAAGUACUACCAGGUGUCCAAGGAGAUGGAAGGAUCCACCAAGGCAAAGAGGAGUGAGCAGUGGGUCAGUGAGAUGGUGAUGCUCACAAGAUGGUCUUGGGAGGAAUUACAGAUGCAUUUAGCAUCUGGGAGGAUUGUAGCAAGGGAGUGUGCCUCUACCUGGGGGGUCUAUGAGUAUUGUGACAUGCAGGAUUGGGAUGCUUACAAGAAAGCAAAGAAGGCCAGGGACAUGGCAACAGCAGUCUGUGCAGACUUUGAGGAUUGCUUGGCAAAAGCAAACCCCUACUUGAGCAAGGCAUCAAAGCAAAAUGGCUUGAAGGACCAGCAGCUCUUGGCUGCCAUGGGCAACAAACUGAAGGAAGCUGUCAGCAAAGAAAAUGUAACCCUGAAAAAGUUAAAGUCUAUGCUUCAAGAAACUGCCAACAAAGUCAAGGAGGUAAAGGACACAAUGAAAGAGUUGAAGCAAUUGGCCAACAAGGCUGGCAGCAUUGCUUCCAAGGCAGCCAGUGCCAAGUCCAAAAAGUAA